AAGAGCGUAAAAUCCAGUCUCGUCGUAUUUGAACUCCUGUUUUUCGUCGUUGAUGCACGACACAGUGCCUUUCCCUCUGCGAGACAUGUUUUCUUCCCACUACAGCUCUGCUGCUGCUGUUUUGUCGCCUCUUCCUCUGAGCUGAACUCACCGCUGCUGCUGCUUCUUCUUCUUCUUCUUCGUCGGUGUGUCGGUGGUGUUUGUCCGGCCCACCGCCACUGGCAGCGAGCGGAGCCCCCUUUCUCCCGAAGACACGGCUCCUACCAUGACCUGCUCCUCCUGCGAACAUCCUGCCGAAUUUCGCUGAAUGGGAAAUUCGUGGCCGGUGCCAGGUUUCCACAGCGACUGUCCACCCGGUCCCACUGACACCAUCGUUAUUGCUCUAAAUGAGGACAGCCAUACUGAUCUAACACGGCUCCUCGCUACUGCGCGUCUCGGAUUUUUGGGCUGAAUCUUAAGACGCGUCAAAGGUCUGCACAUGGGGGCGGGCAAGAGCAAGCCCAAGGAGCCGGGCCAGCGCUCCAUGAGUCUGGACGGGACCAUCGGCACAGGCUCGGACAGCGGGCGCUUUCACCACCUGAGCCCCGCCCAGCAGACCCAAACCCCCAACAGGAGCCCCGCCGUGGGCACAGGCAGGAGGGGGCAUCAAGGGCAGCACCAUCACGCCCCGACCAACACUCCUGAGAUGGCUCUUUUCGGAGGUGUGGACCACACGGGCACGAUCACCUCACCCCAUAGAGGACCUCUGUCAGGAGGUGUCACUACAUUUGUGGCACUGUAUGACUAUGAGUCACGGACAGCGUCUGAUCUGACCUUUCGGAAAGGCGACCGGCUACAGAUAGUCAACAACACGAAAAAGUACAGCUUCAGAGAGGGGGACUGGUGGCUCGCUCGCUCCCUAACAACAGGCGAGAGUGGUUAUAUCCCCAGCAACUAUGUGGCUCCGUCUGACUCCAUCCAAGCAGAAGAGUGGUAUUUUGGGAAGAUCACACGGCGUGACUCAGAGAGGCUCCUUUUGAACCUCCAGAACAGACGAGGGACCUUCCUGGUGCGAGAGAGUGAGACCACUAAAGGGGCAUAUUGCCUGUCGGUGCUUGAUUAUGACAACACCAAAGGCUUGAAUGUUAAACAUUACAAGAUCAGGAAGCUGGACAGUGGUGGGUUCUACAUCACCUCCCGUACCCAGUUCACCAGCCUACAGCAGCUCGUCUUUCACUACCGCAAGCAUUCUGAUGGGCUAUGCCAUGCACUGUCAGAUGUGUGUCCUGUGGCCAAACCUCAGACACAGGGACUGGCCAGGGACGCAUGGGAGAUCCCCCGAGAGUCCCUCCGCCUCGACCUCAAACUGGGACAGGGAUGUUUUGGAGAAGUCUGGAUGGGUACAUGGAACGGUACGACACGAGUAGCCAUUAAAACCCUGAAGCCUGGCACCAUGUCUCCGGAGGCCUUUCUCCAAGAAGCACAGGUCAUGAAGAAGCUGAGGCAUGAGAAGCUGGUCCAGCUGUACGCGGUGGUGUCGGAGGAGCCCAUCUAUAUUGUCACCGAAUACAUGAGCCAAGGUAGUUUAUUGGACUUCCUCAAAGGGGACGCAGGAAAGAUGCUCCGUCUGCCUCAGCUGGUGGACAUGGCCGCUCAGAUUGCUGCGGGCAUGGCCUACGUGGAGAGGAUGAACUACGUCCACAGAGAUCUGCGUGCCGCCAACAUCCUGGUAGGAGACAACCUGGUGUGUAAAGUGGCAGACUUUGGUUUGGCAAGACUCAUCGAAGACAACGAGUACACUGCAAGACAGGGAGCCAAGUUCCCCAUCAAAUGGACGGCACCAGAGGCAGCUUUGUACGGCCGCUUCACCAUCAAGUCAGACGUCUGGUCCUUUGGUGUGCUGCUCACAGAGCUGGCAACUAAAGGCAGAGUCCCCUAUCCAGGAAUGGUGAACCGCGAGGUGCUGGACCAGGUGGAGCGCGGCUACAGGAUGCCUUGCCCGUCAGAGUGUCCCAGCUCUUUACACGAGCUCAUGCUGUCAUGCUGGAGGAAGGACCCAGAGGAGAGGCCUACCUUUGAGUACCUGCAGGGCUUCCUAGAGGACUACUUCACCUCCACAGAACCCCAGUAUCAGCCCGGGGAGAAUUUAUAGAACCACACACUGAAACCCCCGACCCGAGGAAGAGAACCUCAACACAGAACGAUCUGCACUAACCGACCUCAGAGGAACGCCUGUGAUGUGAGAGGAUCUGAGCCUGUGAAACUCAUCUGGGAGGAAGUUGAGAUUCUUCUGUAGAAGCAAAAAACCGAAAUAGGAACUGACAGAAAUCCCCCCCCUUGCGUGCUAUUGAGGAACUGCUGCAGAAGAACCUGGAGAACCUCCUCCCUGAAAGGAUUCACUGUUUACUUAAGGUUCUCCUGUAGCUGUAAGAGGAGAACUCAUGCUGGACAAACUUUGAUUUGAUCGAUUUGAAGUAAUGUGUUACCGACAGGUGCCGCUGAUGUGGGAGGAACCGAAUCAGGAAGCACAGAAGGCGCAAAGAAGGACAGAAGACUCCAGUCAAAGGGAGAACGUUAAGGGAGGAUAUUUCCCUUCGAGCAUGAGCUGUUUAGAGACACCGCCCUCUUUCCCUCUUCUGUCACGUCUCUUUUUCACUCGUCUGUGUUUCUUUCUUUUUUUCCACCCACAGAAGAGCACUGCCACUGAGGCUCAGGUGCCAAAGCAGAGUCAGUCUCUCCCAUCUGCCUUUCUCCUCUGUCUAUUUCUGUUUGACUUUCAGUAUCUUUCUCAACAGUUUUCCCAAGUUGCUGCUUCUUGAAAUUGUCUCCAAAUAACUCAGCUCUGGAACACUACUUUGCAUCUUUAUUUAUGUUUACUUGGAUAUUAUGUGCUGUAUUCAACUGUUAAUAGCAGACAAAGGUUCCUGGGUUUUUUUUCUCCCAUUACUUUUUCAAUGAUUAUUGACCAUGACGGUAAUUCCAGGAUAGAUCUACUCUGCAGGCAGGUUCUGUAAUUCUGAGAAUGAGGUCAUUUAUAGGAUUUAUUUUGUUUAUUUAUCUUGUUUAUUCCCUCUGGGCCAUGGUGCACUGCUGGAUUCAACCUUGAUGAUUAAAACUGAUUUUGGUACAGGUAGCGUUUGAAUGCUUGUUGUUGAUUUAACUGGAAAGUAGCAAUGCAAUUAAUCAGCACUGCUGUGGUGGCAGUACAGAGCAGUUUAAGUAAUGACC